ACUGUUGCUGUGUGACACUUAGAGGCACGAUAAGUUAUUGGUUAGGGUUUUAGGUUGAUAGCCUGUGUGCUACACUGUGUGCUUGUCACAAUGGGUGAAAUGUUAAGCAUGAGGGUGUUGGUUUUAAUCAGUGUGGUAGUAAAAAUAAGAGCAGGGAUGUUUGACAUUGACACAAGGGAGAACAUGUGGGUUACUUGGGCCAAACAAACUAAACAGGAUUCCUUUUGUCUAUCUCUAGCGACGCCAUCCAAUCCUUUUAGAACCUGCUUGAUUGGAGUUCCACUGACCUCCAUGGCAGAGUUCAAGUCUUUAACUCCUGUCAGGAUUGACCCAAAAGGUGAUUUAGGGCCACAAGCUGCUGCCAUAGCGCGAAAUCUUCGAGCGGCUGGUCCAGAACCUCAGGAGCUUGAUCUUUUAGGUUCUGUGCCAGGAAACUAUUGUCUUGUCUUUGGGCGCUUUGCAGUGAAUUCUAGUCUAUUAAUCAUAGAUGAGCAGCAAUUGAAAGGCCACGCUACGUGGCUGUCCCCUCAUUCACUUUUGUAUUACAAUUACUCUGAGUAUUGUAAUAGUUGGGUCAGAUCUGUCACGCAAUUGACAACAGCUGCUAAGAGAUUGCCACCAGGAAUCUUUUUAGUUUGCGGAGAUAGAGCGUGGUCCACAGUACCUCAAAACAGUGUCGGAGGACCGUGUUAUUUUGGCAAACUAACUCUGUUCGCACCUAGCAUUCACCAGGUUCUAGGCUUGCCAAGGAAGGCUCAACGAGUCAAGCGCAGUAUGUCUCAGCUAGGUCCCAACUGCAAAGAUCACGUUACCCUAUGGCAGCCUCCAGCCGUGAUCUCAGCAUCCAUUUUUGCCCCAGGAGUUGCUUCAGCACAAGCCCUCACACAACUGAAACAUUUAGCCUGCUGGACAGGAAAACAGAUUAACAUAACGACGAAGUUGUUGAGUGAGCUUGCUGAAGAUGUUAGUGGCAUUCGCCAUUCAGUGCUCCAGAACCGAGCCGCGAUUGACUUCCUUCUUUUGGCUCAGGGGCAUGGAUGCGAAGAGUUUGAAGGCAUGUGCUGCAUGAAUUUAUCAGACCACUCACGGUCGAUACAUCAACAGUUAGCGCAGUUGAGGGACAACAUGAAACAUCUUGUAGUUGAGAACACUCCGUUUGACACUUGGCUGAAGUCUUGGAAUCUCACUGGGUGGAUUGUGGAUUUAAUUCGUUUUGGUAUAAUGAUCUUUAUUGCUGUCAUAGUAGUUUUGACAAUAGUGCCUUGCUUGAUACAAUGCAUGCGCAAAUUAGCUGACCGUGCCUUAACGUCAGUUUGGAUAGCCCAAAAAGAAAAAGGGGGAACUGUGGCCGAGUUUCUCAGGUAUCGUGGGCAUGAUAUGCUCACAGAUACCAUUUGAGCUAUUCCAGACUAGGCCAAACUAGGCCUCAGGCCUGGGCCUAGUAGGCCGCGGAACGUUCCGAGUACGUAGUAGCAGAUAAUCUUAUCUCCUACUAGGUAUGUGUUAAGGUAUGGCCACUCGCAGCAUGGAGGUAAUGGCACUAGAUCUCCGUAGCCACCUUAAUCCUAGAUUGCUUACAUACUUCUGUAUGCUCACUGCCUAUCACAAUGCACCUGCUACUGUAAACUAUCUGCUCUGUACUUAACCGGCCAUCUCGCGGAAUAAAGCGGAGUUCGUGCUGGAAACCAUACUGGUUUGGUCUCACGUUACUCUAGUCCCCAGUCUUUCCAGGGUUCAACAACACAUGACACUGAGCUAAAACUCAAAGGUUGCAUCCAUUUCUCCUAUCACACAGGAGGAAGGAAGCAAAAAGGCUUGUGCAUCAGUUCUGUCAUUUCCACUGCAGGAUAUGUGUCCAUUAUGUCCAGUAUUAGCUCAAGAUAUCCUCUGUACAGCCCAUGUGCAUGUCUUCCUCCACAACACUACCUCCAGUUAUUAGCCAAAUUCCCUUACGUUUAGCUAAGCCGUUACCUCCCUGUUCCCCAGAAGCACUCUCACACACACUGCCUACUAAGCUAGAGGCAAUUUUUUGGCCAAUGUGCACAAAACUCAGCCAGCCACCCACCACAGGUAUACACAAAUGACUAAACGACUAAACGACUAAAAACAUUCUGGCUUCUUUUCUUCAGUAAAUACACUAUCAGAAAUUUCUAUGAAUGUUCUUGUGUUCCAACUUCCAUUUUAUAAAUUCGAGACAUAAGUAAUCAUUUUUUCUGACUUACAGUCUGUGUCAUUUUUCACCACAGUUCUGCAUGUGACUCCACUAAUCCACAUUACAACUUCAGAACAGUAUUUAAAUGAAAGACAAUUAUGUAUUUGUUAAUUUUUCAACACUGUCUUCAGAGAAGAAAUCAAAUUUAAAAUACUACAUUGUACAUAACUUGCUUGUAUCUUAGAAUCAUAAAAUAACUCAGGCUGUAGGGGACCUCUGCACAUCCUCAAUUGUCCAACUUACACUUCAGUGUGCUCUCUAACUUCAAUGUCAAGAAAGCUGCUGCACAGUGUUCUGUUGAGUCAUAUUUCAAAAGUCAUCUCUAGGUGCUUGACCAGUGGAAAAAAAUCCUUCUUUUAUGUCCAGCUGGAAUUCUUUUUGUUGCCAUGGAAAUGUUAGCUGCCUCUUGUCAUUUUGCUGUGUGUGUUGGUGAAAAUCUGGUUUCAUCUUCUCCAUAUGCCUCCAUGUAGAGGACAGUAAUUAGAUUCUCCUCCUGCUCACUUUCCCCAGUUCUUCACCAGAGUAAACAAAACUGUUAUAAAUGCCAAUCAGAUAUUCCAAUUUUUAAUAAUAAUUUGGUUUAUUAAUAACAAAUCAAAUCACAGAAUUUCGAUAAACCCUCAACAGCGGAGAAACUUGACAGAUUUUUCCCGGGAAAUGUCAAGGGUGAACCGUGAGAUACAGGGUCUGGCAGCCUGCUAUCUCCCCCAACGGUUCACAAAUUAGCCCCGUUUCGGGGCUUGGUUUCUAUACACUUUAUUCUGCCCUCGGCAAUAUUUCCCCAUAUUUCCCAUUGUUUCGCUGCUAACUAAACAAAUUCAGGAGUCUCCCCGACCAAGCAGAAAAGAGUUCUUUUCUCAGUUCAAAUGUUAAUGUCCAAUUUCUAUAGGUCCUUAUAGUUGAUAAGUGGUCCGAGAUAUCGAAGAUAUGGCUUGAUGGUCUGUGAAGGUGGCACCCAAGGUGUGAGUUGCUGGUGCCAGCUUAUCUCCGGAGGUCCCCUCCCUGGUGCUUGGGCAGCUGCGGGCUUUCCCAGAAAACUCCUUUGUUCUUUUCUGAAUGGGGGCGCCGGCUGUCUCAGGGCUGUCAGUUUUGCCGUCUGCUGCAGAAUCUCUUAAAACAUAAACUUUUACCUGAUAUCACUUUAUACAAUUUUAUAAAUUUCUAAUUUCUCAUAAGAACAUGAAUUAACCAUCUACGUUUAUAACAAAAACCAUAUGUCUCUGCCUAUUCCUAGAAUAUGUUCUAGCCUAUACCAUCUUCUCUGGACUCUUUAUGUUUUAUGACCUCCCUUUUACCUGGGGAACCCCAAAGUGAAAUACAGUACUGCCUCAUAAAUGUUGAGUAGAGGGAAAUCACUUCUUCUGUCAAUCUACUCUCAUUAAUAAAGCCCAACUUGCACUGCAGUCGUGUUCAGUUCAUUACCCACUAAAAGCCCAGAUUUUGUGCAGAGCUGAUAAAUAACCUGUCAGAUCCUGCACCUGCUGCAGGGGUUCAUUCUACCCAAGGUACCACUUUGCAUUUGUCUUCGCUCAACUCAAUUACAUCUGCCAGCUUCUCAAGCUUGGUUAAGUUCCUAACAGUAAGCCAUGUCCAGUUUGUUCUUUGCCAUACAUUUGUAAACACAAAACUCCUUGUAAUUUAGAAAUUAUCUUGUUGCUUUGGGGUUGGAAUAGGAAAGGUAAUGCAAGUUUACCCAGAGUACAUUUAUUGAGAAUAACUUGCUCUCUUGACUCACCUUUUAAAAGAUAUCUGUAGAAUCAUAUGAUAAUAUAAAAAAACAGUUAUAACUUAAGGUGAUGGCCAUGAAUAUAAGUUGAUGGGUCCACUUUAGACACCUAGUGAGCAUGCUGAGGAAGUUAUGUAAUUUUAGUAAAUGGCAGUGUUCUUGUUCCACAAUUUUCUGGCUGCGUGUGCAGAAAAAACAGUUCUUAAGAUCAGCAAGAAUAAAGAUACCAGAGUCUAUGGAUUCUCCAUAUGAGCAGGUUCUAUAUACAACACGUGCUGUACAGAAAGAGUCAUUUCAGCUGAAUAGAAACUAGACAACACAAGUUCUUGUUCAAAGGUCUAUAUUGCCUAACUUUCUAUAUGCUACCAAUAGCUUUACAGAAAGGAGGUUGAUAAAAGUAUUUCAGACAGUGACAGCUCUGGUAAAAAUGAUGUAAAGCCUUUAUUUACAAGUAAAUCAUUAUGAGAGCUUUUAAAAUGUAAGACUGAUGAGUUAACCAUCUCCACAAUUAAAAUCAGAUGGCUAAAGUAAGUCUGCUAAUUUAGACCAGUUAGUGGCAGCAUAGUUUGCCUGAGAACAGCUCAGAAAGCUUCAAUCUGCUAGGUAAGAAGGAGACAACAGAGCGCUGCUGAACUGGAAAACACUGGGCAAGCUAAAAAUUAUAUUGUGCCUGUAUUUAUGUGAGCAUACAUACUAAAAAAAGAUAAAGUUAUUUUAAAAAAUCACAGAAAUACAUUAGAGACAAAAUACUAAAAUUACUGUAAUUGUGAUUACUGUAUUCUAAUACUGCAUCUUGGCAUAACAAAAUGAUAGUACCAAAGCUAACAUUCAAAACAUAAAAUAAAUUUGGUUUUUAUUGCCAAAGGGGUGCUUAAAGGCACAAUAUGCAGUUAAAUAAACACAAAGAAGCAACAGAAUGGAAAUCUAAAUGCAGACAAGGAACACUCAAACCAGGUAUUUCAAAACAGCAGACCCAUUAUAAAUACACCAGAAUUUCUUUCUCCCCUGUGCUAACUAGUGAUACUCAGUUCCCAAAAUGCUUGCAAACCCAUUCCAAGUUUCAGAACAAGCUAUCAGGAAUAUAGGAUGUUAGUGUUGAAAGUUAAUGUCUUAAUGAGUCCACCAAUGACAUAUGAAUGACAAGAGGCUAAUUGAUGACAUGGGGUGCCAACUGAAAAGGUGCCUCCGAAAGUGAAUUAGUUGCAUAAGUAACUGAUGAGACUUGUUAGAUGUCUCUGCUAUAUCUGUGCUGCUGAGCAUGCUGCAAGACAGCUAUUUUUAAAUGUGACAUGUGAUGUACCAGAAACAUUACAGCCACUGAAGCAUGAAGCUGUAUGUAACCAGUUCACCACACUGCAAAGCUGCAGUACUAUAUGUGUAAUUAUCUUUCCAAAAUACUUAGACAAAAUUCAAAUGGUGAGUGAAGUCCUGUAGGUUUUUAAAGUGUCUCACUACAGGUUUUUCCUGAAUUCACCUCACUGUACUAUUCGCUUUCAAAUGAAGCUCAAAGUUCUGUGACAGUAUUGCAUACCACUGUUUCAAUUAAUGGAUUUGUAACUUCAAUUGUUUGAUUCUGUUGCUCAGGAAGACCUAAUUUUAAUACAUUAUCUGUCCUAAAUUGCACCGUAGGUGCAUUUCACUCACUUAUUACUCACUGAACAAUCAUUUACAAAAGGAAUUGAUUAAAUUAGGUCUUGUACAAAUGUUUAAGUCAGGAAGUUUGAGCAAUGCCACAAAAUCUUUCAGAUUUGAUUGAUAAACUGUCUUUUAAUUCAAUAAUGUCAUGAAUCAAUACUGAGGUGGGUAAUAAGUGUUAAUGAAAAAAGUAAGUGCAAGAUAGCAUUGUAGGACAUGAAAUCUGUCUGAUGCUGACAUAGUAACUACACAAAACCUUGACAAAUGAAAAUCUAGCCAUUUUUCAGAGGAAGGAAGAUUUUAAUUUUUUUUAAACUCAUAUGUCAGGAAAAGGUUACUUUGUGAUGGCCUUUUUAAAAAAUUCAUUAUUACAUAAGUUACUGAAAUUUAUCUCCCACUGACAAAACAUUAGCGCUAUAAAGGAAGCAUUAGGAACAAACUUGCUGACUUUGUGUUAAUGAUACUUUUAGAAUAGCUAGGAAUAUAAAGAAAGCAUGACAUUUGCAACAGCAACAUGCAACAGCAGGGCAUGUAGAAAAUUUAGGUUGGUAUUAAACAAUAAGAAUUUUUGGCAAUAGGCUCCAUGGCCAAGACUGAUGACUAAUGUCAGUAGCAUUGGGACUUCAUGUACAACUGAGAAAGCUUCUGCAUACCGUUUGAAUAGGAUGGCUAUUCCUUAACUUAGUCUUAAAUAAAAUAAAAUAAAAUAAAAUAAAAUCACAUAAAAUCAUGUGAUUUCAUUCAUACAAAGGUAUGCAAACUAUCUGCUUUGAAAUUUUUUAACAGGGAAAACUGAACAAAUAAGUUUACUUGAAAAAAUAGUACAGAAAUACCUCUACAAAAGUCACAGAAAACAUAGGAGGGUCUCACAGUUGACUUCCACUCCAAAUAUACCCCUUGCUAUAUUGUUUAGUCAGUUAAUAGUGUUAGUUAUACUAGUAACUAUGAAUAGAUGUAGCUAUCUUCACUGUGCCCUUUGAUAUCAGUAAUAAAUCAAUAAACUACAAUAUGGAUAGCAGAUGGAAGUUUACAAAGCAAUAAUUUGGUAAUU